GUGAAGAUGGCGGCGCAGUCGUUGCUCUCCGAGUCUGCACUCGGGUGGUCCAUUUUCACCUUUGUACUUUUGGUAAUCCUGGUUUUCUGCUGGGUCUACAUUCGGAAAUUUCAAAGUCGUCAGGAGAGUGAAGUUGUUUCAACUAUCACAGCAAUAUGUGCACUGGCCAUUGCUUUGAUAACGUCUGCACUUCUACCAGUGGAUAUAUUCCUUGUUUCUUUUAUGAAGUUUUCUAAUGGUACCUAUAAGGAAUGGGCAGCCAACAACGAGACAAGAGGGCAAAUUGAAGACACCGUGCUGUAUGGAUAUUACACACUUUACUCCAUCAUACUAUUCUGUGUCUUCCUAUGGAUCCCCUUUGUUUACUUUUACUAUGAAGAAAGGGAUGACGACAAUGUGAACAAAUGCUCGCAAGUGAAAAACGCUCUGAAGUACACAGUUGGAUUUGCCAUUGUCUGUGUGGUUCUUCUUUUAAUUGGAGCCUUUGUUCCACUUGAAGCCCCACCUGCCCACAAUUCCACUCAGUGGGAGAAAGUACAGUACCUUUUUGAGGAGCUUGGGAGUAGUCAUGGUCUACCAGCUCUGUCUUUCUCCAUCAGCUCCUUGACCCUGAUUGGCAUGUUGGCAGUGAUCACUUACACGGCAUACGGUAUGUCUGUACUGCCUUUGAAUCUGAUAAAAGGCACUCGGAGUGUGGUGUAUGAACGCCUGGAGAACACUGAGGACAUUGAUGAUGUUGAGCAUCAGAUAGAAAACCUGAAAUCCAAGUGCAAAGAUGGACGUCCCCUUUCCUCAAGGGACAGACACAACUUGCAGGAGCUGGAGGGCAAACUGCAGGUCCUCCGACGCAGGGGGAGACACCUGGAAAUUGCAGAGAGGAACUGCUGCGCUAAAGUGGGCAGUGCUCUCAGACCUUUCAAGAUAUUGUUGGGUGUUUUCUUUAUCCUGGUUGCACUGCUGUUCACUGUUGCCCUAUUUAUUUCAAAUUUGGAUAAAGCUCUCCACUCUGCUGGCAUCAGCUCUGGGUUCAUAAUCUUUGGCACAAACCUAACCAAUCCUCUGAAUGAACUUCUAUUAGCCUUACAACCCGUUUUUCCACUGGAUUAUAUCCUGAUCACAGUCAUCACCAUGUACUUUGUACUCACAUCCAUGGCUGGCAUUCGCAACAUGGGCAUCUGGUUCUUCUGGAUAAGGCUGUACAAAAUAAGACCAAAGAGGACUCGACCCCAGGCUCUUCUCUUCCUGUGCAUGAUUCUCCUCUUGAUUGUCCUUCACACCAGUUACAUGAUAUACAGCCUAGCCCCGCAAUAUGUCAUGUAUGGCAGCCAGAAAUAUCUUGCACAGACUCAGAUGCCCUCACCAGGUCCUACAUCUGGGAAUGCUACUUUUGGCACCCCAAGGAUCUGUGAUGCCGACGCGCCUGAGGACCAGUGCACAGUGACAAGAUCCUAUCUUUUCCUUCACAAGUUCUGGUUCUUUAGCACCAUCUACUAUUUUGGUAACUGGGCUUUUAUUGGGGCUUUCCUCGUUGGCCUGGUAGUGUCCUGCUGCAGAGGGAAGAAGUCUGUGAUUGAAGGAGAGGUGGAGGCCGAUGACUCAGACAUAAGUGACGACGAAUAUGUGCACUGAACAUCGAUAUUCUCUUGAUCGGGUUUGUAGAUAUGCCAACCACAACUUAAAGGGACUAGAAAGUACAGUUUCAUAAAAAAACAAAUGACUGUCAGUAAUUUGUCAUAAUUUAAUUUAUUGGUCAUAAGGAGUUAUUGCAGUGGUGUCUUGUGGAUUCCAGCCUUGUUUUGAGUUGACGCAUCCCUCCCCCUUAAUGAGACCGCUCAGACUGAUUGUUGUGUCUUUCUCAGUCAAUAUUAUUGAUGACUUUGGGAUUCUGGGAGUGUCCUCCAAUUCAGUCCUACCUUGAGAAUUCACUUCUUAACAGUUUGAAGCUGACACAAAUUGGUCAUUUUUCUACCAGAGGAGACGCGCGUUAUUGCGGCAGCAGAGACAGUCAUAUGCUGCCUCAAAACUUUAUGUCUGAGACAGAUCUUAGACAUAAACUUAGUUUUUCCAUUCUUUAAGCACUUUCUAGGCGCUUUAAAUGGUUUUCUUUAUGACAAUAGCUAUAUUUGGCUUUGGUUUACCAUUUAAGGUAAAAUACUGAAAACAGUUGCGUUGACAUGAGCUGCUCUGCUUGCUUGUUUUCUGAAAAUUUAAUUGGUAUAAAAAUAAUGAUUCAUAAGUGUUGACAGCAGUAAUAUUUUCAAAGUUUAUUUAGCUUGUUCCCAUCUGAGGUUAAAUAUAUUUUUCGUGGAUCUGCUGAUUUUUCCCUCCUGUGCAGUAUCAGACCAUUAUUUAAGCAAAUGUUUUUGUACUUGCAUACCUGCACUGUGUGUGACAUGUAAAGGACCAAUUGCGGCUGUCUUGUUUUCGAGGAUUCAGUUUUUCUUGGUUUUUAAUUAGAUAGGUUCAACAGCUUUUUGCUCUCUGUGUUGGAAGAACAUUAGUAAAAUAGGAAAAAAAAAAAAAACAGAAUUAAUCAAAUAUAUGGGUGUAAUUUUCUUUUAAUUAAGGAUACUUCUUGUAGCCAGUGCUCUAGAGUUUAUCAGCAGCAGGCUUGUGACAUAGAACUAUUAAUGGCUUUUUUUUCAUCCAUAUUUUUUUUUCCAGUGUAUUUAGCAGUCUGUGUCAAAAUGAAUACAAAGUGUUGAUUAAUUAACAAUUAACAAAUUCACAGAAAAUCACAGAAAAUAUUAAUAUGAAUAGUGUUUUUUUUUUUUUUUUUUAAUUUGGAAACCAAAUGUUUGUGCCUCAUGAAUGUAUAGUACGAUGAUGGGCACACACUACAGUGUAUACUACCCUAAAUUAGCCUCACAGAAAUCAACCUGAAUGAUCCUCAAUGAUUUUUCUUUCUUCGAGAUAUUAGCCAGGGUUACCUUUGUUGAGAAUCAGUGGAGCCGGAAGCUGGACAUGUGGUUAGACGAGGAUCACAGAAGCUGCAUCACAUGCUCCUUCGCCUGUGACUGGUUGAAAAGAAUGCUGCUGUGGAAGUUGUCAAUAUUGAAUGGUACCUGUAUUUAAAGAAAUAAAGUAAUUUUAAACACA